AAGAAACAAACUCAUCUACAUCUUGGAUGGCCUGAAUGGGAGUAAAAUUUCAGCGAUUUUGUUCAAACUAUUCCUUUAAAAGUGUGGAUGUUUUAGGGAGGUUUGGCAGGGCUGGUGUCUGGUUUGGCUCUGUUACUGUGGGUGUGCAUCGGGGCACAGAUAUACCCUCCACUACCAGAGAACAGCAGACCGCUGGUUCUGAUGACACACGGCUGUAACUCCUCAGGUGGCACUAACUGGACUGCAAACAUAGACGACUUCAUACUGAAAGAGCAAAGGCCUUUCCUGGCUGAUAACUGGUACUCACUCUCAUACCUGUACUUCGGCCCACUGGGGACUGUGACGGUCAUCACCGUGGGUUUUAUUGUCAGCAUACUUUCAGGCGGCAGACAGAUGAAAGUGCAGUCUGGGCUUACACUAUCAAAAGAAGACCUCACCUUCUACAAAGCCUACAAUGUACUCAAAGCAAAAGUUUCCAGUAGCGCAGGAAAUUUUGACCUGGUGCAGGAGCUGGAGAAAUCCUUUGGAAAAACCAACUUUGCUUUCUGUGAUGUAGAGCUGUCUACACAAAGACCUGCUUAGAACAUCAUAAAACUGA